AUGUCCCAGCACCUGCUCCUUCCAUUUGUGAUCCUUGCCAUCAGCCCCAUCCCAGGAGCUCUCCAGGACUCAGCUCUCAGUCCUACCCAAGAAGAACCUGAAGAUCUAGACUGCGGCCGCCCUGCGCCCUCUACCCGAAUCAUGGGGGGCUCAGAAGCGCAGCCAGGCAGCUGGCCGUGGCAGGUGAGCCUACAUCAGAAGGGGGGCCACAUCUGCGGGGGCUCCCUCAUCGCCCCUUCCUGGGUGCUCUCCGCUGCUCACUGCUUCGUGACGAACGGGACCUUGGAGCCCGCGACCGAGUGGUCGGUACUGCUGGGCGUGCACUCCCAGGACGGGCCUCUGGACAGCGCGCACGCCCGCGCGGUGGCCGCCAUCCUCGUGCCGGACAACUACAGCCGCGUGGAACUGGGCGCAGACCUGGCCCUCCUGCGCCUGGCCUCGCCCGCCCGGCUGGGCCCCGCCGUGCGGCCGAUCUGCCUGCCGCGCGCCUCGCACCGCUUCGCUCAUGGCACGGCCUGCUGGGCCACUGGCUGGGGGGACAUCCAGGAAGAGGACCCCCUGCCUCUCCCGUGGGCGCUACAAGAAGUGGAGCUCAGGUUGCUGGGAGAGGCCGCCUGUCAGUGUCUCUAUAGCCGGCCUGGCCCGUUCAACCUCACUUUCCAGCUAUUGCCAGGGAUGCUGUGUGCUGGCUACCCGGAGGGCCGCAGAGACACUUGCCAGGGAGACUCUGGGGGCCCCCUGGUCUGUGAGGAAGGCGGCCAAUGGUUCCAGGCAGGAAUCACCAGCUUUGGCUUUGGCUGUGGACGGAGGAACCGCCCUGGAGUCUUCACUGCUGUGGCCCCCUAUGAGGCAUGGAUACGGGAACAGGUGAUGGGCUCAGAACCUGGGCCUGCCUUUCCCACCCAGUCCUGGGAGCCCCAGCCAGGUCCCUGGGAGCCCACGGAUGAGAACUGCACCAUUGCCCUGCCAGAGUGCGGGAAGGCACCAAGGCCAGGGACCUGGCCCUGGGAGGCGCAGGUGAUGGUGCCAGGAUCCAGACCCUGCCAUGGGGCGCUGGUGUCUGAAAGCUGGGUCUUGGCACCUGCCAGCUGCUUUCUGGACCCCAUCAACUCAGACCUCCUGCCCCGAGACCUAGACAACUGGCGCGUGCUACUGCCCUCGCGUCCGCGCGCAGAGCUGGUGUCACGCUUCGUGCCGCACGAGAAUGCCUCAUGGGACGACACCUCGGAUCUGGCGCUGCUGCAGCUGCAAACGCCGGUGAACCUGAGCACCGCCUCGCGGCCAGUGUGCCUACCUCACCCAGAACACUAUUUCCUGCCCAGGAGCCGCUGUCGCCUGGCGCGCUGGGGCCGCGGGGAACCUGAGCCCGGACCCAGCACACUGCUUGAGGCAGAGCUGUUGGGCGGCUGGUGGUGUCACUGCCUGUAUGGCCGCCAGGGGGAGUCAGUGCCGCCGCCAGGAGACCCUCCACACGCGCUCUGCCCCGCCUACCAGGAAGAGGAGGAGGCGGGCCGCUGCUGGAACUACUCUCAUUGGAGCCUUCUGUGCCAGGAAGAGGGGACCUGGUUCCUGGCUGGAAUCAGCGACUUCUCCAGUGGCUGCCUACGUCCCAGAGCCUUCUACCCCCUGCAGACCCAUGGCCCGUGGAUCAGCCAUGUGACUCGGGGAGCCUACCUGGAAGACCAGCUGACUUGGGACUGGGGCCCUGAGGGGGAGGAGACUGAGACACAGGCUUGUCCCCCUCACACAGAACAUGGUGCCUGUGGCCUGCGGCCAGAGCCAGCUGUGAUGGGUAUCCUGUGGCCGUGGCUGGCAGAAGUGCAUGUGACUGGAAAUCAAGUCUGCACUGGGAUCCUAGUGGCCCCAGGCUGGGUCGUGGCAGCCACUCACUGUGUCCUCAGGCCGGGCUUUACAACAGUGCCUUAUAUUGAAGUGUACCUGGGCCGGGCAGGGGCUAGCCCCCUCCCACAGGGCCACCAGGUGACCUCAGCACCUCCGCUCCUGUGCCAGACCGAGGGAGGCUCCUGGGUCCUCAUGGGCAUGGCUGUUCGAGGGAGCCGGGAGCUAUUUGCUGCCAUUGGCCCUGAAGAAGCCUGGAUCUCCCAGACAGUAGGGGAGGCCCAUUUCCUGCCUCCCAAUGGCUACCCCCACUGGCCCCCUGAAGGCAGCGACCUCUGCCCCCCCGACCUGGCGAGGGCCUCAGGCUCCCCUCAGGCUGCUCUGCUCCUGCUGCUUCUAUUGCUCCCCCUGAUCCAGGGCUGAGGGGGCCUGGGUCCCUUGGCCGCCUCUCCUUCUCCUCCUCCACCCCCUCCAGCCCUCCACUUCCCGCCCUGUAGGGCUGGAAUGUGGCCUAACCGGCUUUGUUCCCUAGCCGGAACCUCCAGAGGGCCCCACCCACCCGGACUGCAGCGGCUUCGGAUUAUUGGGCCUCUGUGCCUGGCUAUUUUGGGCACGGGAAUCCUUGGGGGCAGUGGGAAGCGGCCAAUAAAGGUGUAAACACAGACACGUGGCCUUGUGGCAUUGCUGGGGGAAGGCUGAGGGGCUGGGGGAAGCCCAAGGGAUAGGGCCCAUCCCUUCUGGGUCUCUGUGAGUCAGGCCUUGGGCUCCCAGGAAAUGUGUCCCUGAUAACGUGGCAGCUGUCCUUCAUUCCUGCCCCAGGGCGGGGGAGGUUGGGUGGCAGCUGGGUGUGUGUCACCUCCCCAGUGGAAUCAGCAUCCCUAGCAACUGAUAGACACUUCAGCCCUAGCUCAGACCCUACUUCCCUUCUCUCUCUGCCCCCUGCCAUCCUCCACCCCUCCCAGACUGA